AUGAUGUCGACGGCCGACGCACCAGCGGGGAGCCGACUCAAAUUUAAGGAAUAUUCUCCGCACUUCGAAGUUAGUUUUUGGUACGAGCUUGAGCGUCGGAAGCUUCACGAGUGGCGUUUACAGGAGCCUGUGGUGCCCUUGACGCUAUUUUGCACUGUAAAUACUGCGUUCUCUAACACUCCCGCUAACAUAGUGUCAGUGAGGCGUGAGAGUCUAGACAACGACGCUGCCGCCAUUACAGCAGGAAUGCCGCAGGGACCGCCUACUUCUAUUGAUACUGCUUCCACUGCAACUGCACCUCUGUCAAUUCCCAUGUUUGUAAGCGGGGAGUUGCAAAACUUUAAUACUUUUGAGCAGCUUUGCCAUUUACCACGACGAGAAGUACUUUGGCGUGUCCUCAAGGACCGGCUGCUCAUCCCACUUCUUUACGGUUACAGAAGCGAAAACAUUAAGGAGGACGAAGAUCAUGAGGCGGCUGAAACCCCAAUCGAUAAGGUCUGGGAGGGUAUGAAUUUUGCCCUUGCUGCGAUGUUCACUUACGCAGACCUGAAAAGCCAUCGGUUUCAUUAUAUGAUGGCCUUUCCUGUUUUGGAUCUUGGAUCGCCUGUUUAUGUCAAACAUCGCGUAAAGGGUGGCUAUGCAGCACUUGCAAUCGAUCACGGUAACUUGUAUUUCCCUAGUCGCACAGAUGUCGACCGAAUACAUGCACAUUUGCUGGACCGACUACAGCGUCAUCCGGAGCGCGGACCAAAUCCCUUUAUCGCCUCCUUUAAGGAGUCAUGCAAUGAUAGGAGUGACACGGUUACCUUUUACUCUUUUGUACCUGCGGCUAUCAAUCAGCUGAAGGAAUCAUCAUUUCUCAUCGUUAUGGCAGACGUUUCCACCAUGGCGGAGUUUCCCGGAUGGCCUGCACGCAACGUGAUUGGCGCGCUUCGUCUCGCUCAUCCGUCAAUAACGGCGUUUUCAUUGUACUGUAUCCGCCACAAUGAUGUAGAAGAGAGUGUUGUAUUUGAGUGUACUUGUGACCCACUGGACUUUACAUUGAAGGACGCAGUGAGAGACGCAAAUAAGGGAGCCGAAAUUGCCUCUGGAAGAGCCGUUGGAUGGACUGAGCGGAAAAGUGCGACGUCCCCUGUGAGCUUGAUUGAUCUUGGGGCCGUGAUGGAUCCAGAGCGUUUAGCAGAGUCAAGUGCCCGACUAAAUCUCAAUUUGAUGAAGUGGCGCAUGCUACCUAAUCUCCGGCUUGAUGGGUUAGCCGCCUGUAAAGCUCUGAUUCUUGGGAGUGGCACACUGGGCUGCAAUGUGGCACGUCAACUCUUGAUGUGGGGUGUCACGAAAAUAACCCUCGUGGAUCGUGGCAACGUCUCCUUCUCAAAUCCUGUGCGACAGACGCUUUUUGAGAUGUCAGACGUCAUUAACCCUCAACAGGAGGAACGCAAUAAAGCCGUUGCGGCGGCCAAAGCGCUCAAGCGUAUCCUUCCCACAGUGCAUGCAUGUGGCGUGCCGUUGACAAUUCAUAUGCCGGGGCAUCGCAUCGACAAGCAACGUGAGACGGAGGCAAUUGCCGAGAUUGGACGACUAGAUGCACUUAUUCGAGCACACGAUGUUGUCUUCCUUCUAACAGAUAGUCGAGAGGCUCGAUGGUUACCAACGGUGAUGGCCACGGCACACAAUAAGCCUCUCGUUAACACAGCUUUAGGGUUUGAUACGUAUGUUGUCAUGCGUCACGGUGUCGAGCCAAAAGAAGGCAGUGUCGCGUCUCGGUUAGGGUGUUACUUCUGUAGUGAUGUGGUUGCUCCACGCGACAGCAUGACUGCGCGUUCACUUGACCAACAGUGCACUGUCACGCGCCCGGGGGUGUCUGCAAUUGCCUCAGCGACGGCAGUAGAGUUGCUGGCGCAGUUGUACAACCACCCCCUAGGAUUUGCAUGCCCUCCGUACACGGAAACAAAAAUGCAACAAGGACAGCCGCAGCAGGAUGAAGGUGCUCCAGACACAACCUUCACCAAUGUCAAUGGAGCAGUGUGUGCACUCGGCACAAUUCCACAUCAGAUUCGCGGGAGUGUUUUAACACACUAUAUGUAUACACUUUAUGGGUAUCGCUAUGACUUGUGUACAGCCUGUUCCGACGCAGUGGUGGGGGCGUACCGAAGAGAAGGGGCAUCCUUUGUCUUACGCUGCGUGAACGAUCCGCUGUACAUUGAGGAGGUUUGUGGAGUGAAAGCCUUUAAGGAGGACUUUAAGCUGGAUGAUGUUGGUGAGUGGGAGGUCGAGUCGAACAGCGACUGA